AUGGUGGGCGUAAAGAACCUUCUUGCUGCCGCUUGGCUUUUGCCAGUAGCCUAUAGCGCUUUCUUACUCUCAGCCUCUAGCGUGGACUCUCAGCCUAUCACGUCGACUUCCUCCUCGGCAUACUCCCAAUAUACCAUCCCCGGUAAUACAGAUGCUGGUGUUCAGCAGAUCGCCAACAUUGAUGAUCCUGAUGCCGUCGAUGCGCAGUCUGUCUGUCCGGGCUACAAGGCUUCAAACGUAAAGAAGUCUGCUCGUGGCUUGAAUGCCACCUUGACCCUCGCAGGCAAGCCAUGUAAUGUGUAUGGUACAGAUGUAGAUUCGUUGGACUUUUCCAUUGACUACCUUGCCGAUGACCGCCUCAAUGUUCGAAUCGUCCCGACCUAUCUGGAUUCCUCGAACUCUUCAUGGUUUGUCUUGGAUGAAAAGAUCGUUCCUAGACCUACUUCUGAUUCCCACGGAUCAAAGAGAGACAGCGAUCUCGAGAUCACUUGGGGCAAUGAGCCCUCUUUCCAUUUCAAGGUGACCCGCAAGGCUACCCGUGAUGCGAUCUUUGAUACCACUGGUUCAGUAUUGGUGUUCGAGGACCAAUUUAUUGAGUUUCUUACUUCCUUGCCCAAGGACUACAACUUGUAUGGUAUCGGGGAACAUAUCCAGCAACUGCGUCUCUUGAAUAACCUCACUUUGACUCUCUAUGCCUCGGAUAUUGCUGACCCUAUUGACGACAACAUUUACGGGUCUCAUCCGUUUUAUCUAGAUACCCGCUAUUACGAGGUCAACGACAGGGGUCAUCACGCCCGCGUUGCAAGUCACAAGGCUGAGCAUUCCAAGGAAUAUGUUUCCUUCUCGCACGGUGUCUUCUUCAGAAAUGCCCAUGGUCAGGAGAUUAUCAUGCAGCCGGAAGGUCUGAAGUGGCGCACCCUGGGAGGUAGCGUUGAUCUCACCUUCUAUUCUGGCCCCAGCCAGGCUGAUGUCACGAAGAACUAUCAGUUGAGCACUAUUGGUCUGCCAGCAUUGCAGCAAUACUUUACUUUUGGCUACCAUCAAUGCCGCUGGGGCUACAAUAAUUGGACUGAGCUUGAGGAGGUUGUCUCCAACUUUGAGAGAUUUGGAAUCCCGCUGGAGACGAUUUGGAACGACAUUGAUUAUAUGCACGGUUAUCGUGACUUCGACAACGAUAAAUACCGCUAUCCCUAUAGCGAGGGAGAGGAAUUCCUGGACAAGCUGCACAGCAGCGGCCGUCACUAUGUUCCCAUCAUAGAUUCUGCUAUCUACAUUCCGAACCCCAAUAACGCUUCGGAUGCCUAUGAUACCUAUACCCGCGGUCACAAGGACGAUGUCUUCCUGAAGAACCCUGAUGGAAGCGAAUACAUCGGCGCUGUCUGGCCUGGUUACACUGUGUACCCCGACUGGCACAACCCGAAGGCGGACGAGUUCUGGGCGAGCGAAAUUGUCAUCUGGCACAGAAAAAUGGCCAUCGAUGGUAUUUGGAUUGACAUGAACGAGGUGUCUUCCUUUUGCGUUGGUAGCUGUGGAUCUGGUAACCUCGGCUUGAACCCAGCCCACCCUCCAUUCUCGCUGCCUGGGGAGGCUGGCAACAUAAUUUACGACUAUCCAGAAGGAUUCGAAGUGACCAACAAGACCGAGGCUGCCUCCGCGUCUGCGGCUGCCUCUAUCCAGGCUGCUGCUAGCGCAACUGGUGGCUCGAGUCCCUCAUCCACCUCCUAUCUGCGAACUACACCCACCCCAGGAGUGCGCAACAUAAACUAUCCACCAUAUGUCAUUAAUCACGAUCAGGAUGGCCAUGUUCUCGGCGCCCAUGCAGUGUCUCCGAAUGCGACCCACUCCGAUGGUGUUCAAGAAUACGAUGUACACAAUCUCUGGGGCCAUCAAAUCCUCAAAGCCACGUACCAGGGGCUGUUGAAGGUUGACGAAAAGAAGCGUCCCUUCGUCAUCGGUCGCUCGACAUUCGCAGGAUCCGGUAAAUGGGCCGGUCACUGGGGCGGCGACAACGCCUCGAGAUGGGCAUUCAUGUUCUUCUCCAUUCCCCAAGCCCUGUCAUUCUCCCUUUUCGGAAUUCCCAUGUUCGGCGUCGAUACCUGCGGCUUUAACGGCAAUACCGAUGAAGAGCUCUGCAAUCGCUGGAUGCAACUCUCGGCUUUCUUCCCCUUCUACCGCAAUCAUAACACCCUCUCUGCAAUCUCGCAGGAGCCAUAUGUCUGGGAAUCUGUCACAGCCGCCGCCAAAGCCGCUAUGAAGAUCCGCUAUGCAAUCCUCCCAUACUUCUAUACCCUCUUCCACGAAGCCCACACGACCGGCUCGACUGUCAUGCGCGCUCUGGCUUGGGAGUUCCCCACGGACCCCUCCCUCGCCGCCGUAGACACUCAGUUUCUCCUUGGCCCAUCCAUCAUGGUCGUCCCCGUGCUUGAGCCCCAAGCCACCUCCGUCAAGGGCGUCUUCCCGGGCGUCAAGCAUGGUGAAGUCUGGUACGACUGGUACACCCAGACCGCCAUGAACGUAGAACCUGGUGUCAACACCACCAUCCCCGCCCCACUGGGCCACAUCCCUGUCUUUUUGCGCGGCGGUAGCGUCUUGCCUAUGCAGGAACCAGCUUUGACUACCAAGGAGGCGCGUGAAACACCCUGGUCAUUACUUGUCGCGCUGAGUGGUCAUGGCUUAGCGUCAGGCCAGCUUUAUCUCGAUGACGGUGAGAGCAAUGCUCCGUCCGAAACGCUUAAUAUUGCUUUCGAUGUUGGAAGAUCGACUCUGAGUGCCAGGGCAACGGGUGACUGGAAAGAAUUAAAUCCUCUUGAUCGAGUGACUGUUCUUGGUGUGCACAAGGAGCCCAGAUCUGUGAAGCUGAAUGGUAGGACGGUGCCGGUCUCUGGAGUCCAGUAUAAUGCUACCUCUCAUGUGUUGUCUGUGGGUGGUUUGCAGAAGUUGACACCGCAGGGUGCGUUUAGUGAGGACUGGACUUUGAAUUGGUAA